AUGUUUGCUUGCGUUGGCUGUAAACCAGGCAGGAAAGCAAGCCCGGAUAUUCAAUGUAAGACAAUUCAAAAAAUUGAUUUUGAUUUAUUUCUGUAAAG